CACUUUCGGGUUCGACAUGCUCAUCACUGCUCCUCUGCGUCUCUACGACAGAGACAUGAGGACAAUACAGCGCCUGCUGCUCCUGGCAGAGAUUUUGCUACUUGCAAGAUGUCAGCAAAAGCCACAAGUUCAAAUGUCACCUCUACUAGAGAAGAUCUUUUUAGGGGACUUAAUUCUUCUGAGAUGUGGCGUCUCCACUGACAGUGAAGUGACAUGGUACGUGAACGACACGGUACAAGCGCAGAGGAACCACACCCUGAAGAUUGAAGCUGCUGCACCCGAGCACUCAGGCAGGUAUCAAUGCCAGCAUGGCAACGGGCCAAAGAGUGACGACUAUCACAUCAACGUCCUGGGUCAUGCUCCCAAGGCCACGCUCAUCAUCCGGACCGGCCAGCCUGUGGUGCGAAACGGAGGCUCAGUCGUCCUGCAGCUGGACAAUGAAGAUGGUGUAAAGGGAUGGAAGUGCUGGGUCAACACGGGAGAGCAGACAAAGACUGUUCGACUCAGGCGGAGCGAUGAGAAGGCAGUGAGUAUGUCCUUUCAACCCAACAGACUGGAAGUGCCAGAGAGCGUUUUCUGGUGUACUAAUCAAACUCUCAGGAGCAACCAAAUCCGGGUCAGAACCUCAGAGAAGGACGUGUGGUUGGAGAUGUACCCUCUGCCCGCUGUGGUUGGAGUGAGUCUGACCCUGAAGUGCCUCGCCUGGGGCACCGAUAGAGUCACCCGCGCUGUUUUCUACAAAGACAAUUCAAUCAUUCAGGAAAGCCAGCAGACGACCUACCAGAUCAAUAAUGUGACAGAAUCUACUGGUGGAAUAUAUAAGUGUGAGGCCACCUACACACACGUGCAACGCACCGCUGGGCCCCCGUACCAAGUGGUCUCUGAUGACCAAGAUGUGUUUGUCCAAGUGUCUCCCAUGAGGGCGGUGCUGGACGUCUUUGGGGCCUCUAGCAUGUCGUGUUCUUGCCGGCUUUGUCCCGCCGAUAGCACCUAUCGCUGGUACAAGACAGAUAAUGGCCAGGCACGGCCGCUUAUUGGUUCCAAGCAACGGGUCAUGACGCCAGAAGAGAGAGGCACCUACGCAUGUCGAUUCGUUUGGACCGAGGGGAGGUCCUUGCUCAGCAACGUCCACAGCUAUCAACCCAAAGGCAUUCCAAUUACAGCUGUAAUUGUGAUCGUGGUGGUUCCUCUAUUAGUGUGUGUGUGUGCGGGUUUGGUUGUUGUUUACAUAUUUUAUAAGAAGAGAAAUACCACUGAACAACUUUACCAGGACGUGCCAAUGAGAUCUCGCGACACCGCUGACGGCGGAUACGAUGAGCUGCAGACAGGUCCCCAAAAGGAGGCGAGCACGACGCACUGAAGAAACAAGAUGUUGGCGAGGGGAUCUACCACACCCUGGGGAUGGAGGGGGCAGCGGGGGGGGAGUGAGCGUAGGCGGCCGUGGGGAAGGACAAGGAUUGAGAAUAGGAGAUUGGGGAGACAGCAGAGGAACAAAAGACAUAGACACAUAGACACACAUGAAGGACCGAUGGGUCUCAGUAGCUUUUUAUUGUUAGAAAAAGUUCAUUUUUUCCACAAACCAGAAGAGUCCAGGAAUACCUUUGUCCAAUCCUUAACAUCCAAUUCUUUCAUCAGAAGUUGACUUUGUGAAGAUAUAAGGGAAACAGAAGCCCGGGUCAUGACCCACAAUUGUGAAAUUAAAGUUUUACUGGGAGUUAAGAAAAAAAAAAGCCAAAUAACAAAAAUGAUAUAUACUUUAUGAAUGUAUGUUGCAUAGCACAGCAGGAAGCAGUUUGCAUUUUAUUUUAUUUUACUGUAGUGUUCUGUAAAAUGUAAAUAGCCAUUAGAAGUAAAAAAGAGAGAAUUAUGAUUUAUUAAUUAUGAAGUUGAUUUUUGUUUCUGAAAAUGUAUUUUCUUCCCCGAUGAUUUCUGUGACAUCGUGUGUAACAAACAAUAGUUCAUAGUCUGUGCUUUUGCAUUCUAAACAUAAAACGUCUGUAUAUCAUUGUGCCGAGCAGAUAUCGGGUUAAAAUGCAACUCACCUUUUGGGGAGUGAAAUUUAAAAUAAAUCACUUUCUCUAGCAGGGACCAAGUGAA